AUGGGUGCAGAUUAUGUGGAGCCAGAUCUAGUUAUUACUCGUGACAAGCAUUUGGUUGCAAGGCAUGAUAAUGAACUCAGUAUAACAACAGAUGUAGCUCAACAUCCUGAAUUCGCCAGUCGUCGAAAAACACAGGAAAUUGACGGAAAGGAAAUGAGUGGCUGGUUCACAGAAGACUUUACCCUCGCAGAACUUAAAACACUACGCGUUAUAGAACGCAUCCCUGAGACGAGGCCAGGAAACGCACGCAUGGACGGCGCUUUUGAGAUUCCGACAUUCCAAGAAAUUAUUGAUCUUGUAAAAAGUCUGGAAAAAAGUCAACGACGUACUAUUGGUAUUUAUCCGGAAAUUAAACACAGCACUCACUUUCAACGUCUGGAUCUGCCAAUGGAAAGACUAGUAGUUGAAACUUUCCGAAAAAACGGUUAUAUUGGAGAUUCAGCACCCGUGUUCAUACAAUCGUUUGAAAUUAAUAAUUUGAAAUAUUUGAAAGGAAUCACAAGUCUCCGCUUAUUACAAUUAUAUGAGAGCCCAUCUGAUCAGCCUUACGACCAAGUAGUUGCUGGUACCGGAAUUACUUACGCUGACAUGGCAACACCCGAUGGUCUUAAAGAAGUAGCUAGAUAUGCUUCAGCUGUUGGGCCUGAUAAAAAUUAUAUUAUUCCCCGUAAUACCGAUGAAAGUUUGGGUGAACCCACAAGUUUCGUUCAAGAUGCUCAUGCUGCUGGAUUGAAAGUACACCCCUACACUUUCCGUGCUGAAAAUACUUUUUUGCCUGCGGAGUUUAGAAGUGGAGAUUCUCCUAAGGCUAUUGGGGACCUCAUCGGUGAGAUAAAAGUUUUCAUUGCAGCUGGAAUCGACGGUCUAUUUUCGGAUCAACCAGAUAAAGCAGUUCGUGCAAGAGAGAUGUGCUUAUAA